CCAUUCCGCUCCCUCCCAACCAACCCACCUCCGAACCUCAACUCGCUGAUCAGCUGCCAUUGACACACACAGACAUCCUUGUUGACAUCCCUGAAAAUGCCUUUGAUUGCGCAGAACUUCAUGCCAAGGGUCAUCCUCGGAUUGAUGACCUUUGGACCGGAUGAGUCCCAGGGCGCUCGAAUCACCUCCCUCGACGACUAUAAUAAGUGCCUGGAUUAUCUGCAGCAAAAAGGCUAUAAUGAAGUCGACACCGCUCGGAUAUACGUCGGAGGCCAACAAGAAGCCUUCACGGCCCAGGCGAAAUGGAAGGAGCGUUUCCUGACCCUAGCAACCAAAUGGUAUCCCAAGACCCCCGGCGAUCAUAAGCCUGCCGUCCUGCGCGAGAACUUCGAGCUUUCCUUGAAGGAGCUGGGCACGGACAAAGUCGAUAUCUUCUACCUGCACGCCCCUGAUCGUUCUGUCCCGUUCGCUGAGACCCUCGAGGCUGUCAAUGAGUUACACAAGGAGGGAAAGUUCGUCAAUUUGGGACUGAGUAAUUACACAGCGUUCGAGGUCGCUGAGAUAGUCACGAUUUGCAACGAAAGAGGCUGGGUGCGCCCAACCAUCUACCAGGCAAUGUAUAAUGCCAUCACACGCUCAAUCGAGACCGAAUUAGUUCACGCUUGCAAACGCUAUGGAAUUGACAUAGUGAUCUACAACCCGCUUGCUGGCGGCCUCUUCUCGGGGAAAUACAAGACGAAGGAUGUACCCGAGGAAGGUCGUUAUAGUGACAAAGCCGCAUCCGGGGCGUUGUACCGCAGCCGUUACUUCAAGGACGCAACGUUUGAUGCCCUGAGAAUCAUCGAGCCCGUUGUAGAAAAGCAUGGAUUGACCCUGCCGGAAACCGCACUGCGCUGGGUCCGUCACCACUCGGCGCUCAACAUGAAGGAUAAUGGUCGUGAUGGGAUUGUCGUUGGUGUGAGCAGCCUGGCGCAGCUGGAAAGCAAUCUUCGAGACAUUGAAAAGGGUCCACUGCCCGAGGAAGUGGUUGAGGUUUUGGACAAGGCGUGGCUGAUCGCAAAGCCAACGGCCCCCAACUAUUGGCAUCUCGAUUUGAAAUAUAGCUAUGACACUCGAGCUUUAUUCAAACCUACCGCUUGAAGGAUCGCUGGCCAACGGUUGUCGAAUUAUUGAGUAUGCUGGGCGUUCAAGGCUGAGCUGAAGAUACGAUUCUCGCUUGGAAACAGUUCAUGAUCUCCAGGGGUACUUAAUCUAUUAGAAUUCCUAUUCCAGCCAGGCAU